AUGCAGUGUAUGGUGAAUGGUGAUGCAGUGUACUGGGAGACUACUAUCAGUUCUUUCCUUGAUGAUUACCGGCCUUUUGAAGGAAUCAUGAUUGCUCACUCUGGGCGUUCUGCGGUGACUCUUUUUCUGUUUGGGGAGAUGGCGAUGAGCCAUUCGAAAACCAGGAUGGAAGAAACUUGGACAAUUGAAGAGGAAGAAAGGGAAAAGUCAACAAUUUCCCAUGCAGGUCAUCAAGCGAAAGUUGCUGCUGUGGAGAAAAUCCAUGACAGUGGCAUUGAUAACAUAGUCUGGAAAAUGAAAAUCUAA